CGAUCUAGGCUAAAUCUGAAACAAGAGACCAAAAAGUUGAGCAAGAAGCGUUAAAAAGGAGCUUGGGUCUUGUUGUGUUGACCACAAUCCUCCUCUCUUUCCCUCCUAAUUCCUCUUUAGGGUUAUAUACUUAUAUUCCUCUCUACGUUUUAUUCAUUCCCCCCUUCAAAGUGAAAUCACCUCCCCGUGGAUUGCAGAAAGCUCAAAAACCCUUAUUAAUGGGUUCCCUAUUUCGCUGAAUCUGCUUUCAAAACCCUAAUUUUCUCGAUUUUUCUGCUCAAGCGUGUUGGCAAUGUCGGAGGACAUGGUGAUGCAUUUCUCCUCCAAUUCCUCCAAUCAGUCCGAUCACUCCCUGCCCGACAAAAUCGCGAAGCUCGAGGCUCGCUUGACCGGCAAAACCGCCUCCUCCGCCAAGCCGCAGCCUCAGCAGCAGCAGCAGCUCUCCGUCUGGUCAUCUGCUUCCGCCCCUGCCAAAGUCGCGGCGGGUUCGUCGGAUGUCUCUAUCAGUGAUUCCGACGACGAGAACACAGGAGAUUUCCUGAUCCGAGCAAAUACCAAGAAGCGCCAGAAAGUUCAAGACUUUAACAACAACAACUCCACUCUUGUUGAUCAUGCUGAGCCGCAAGAGGCAGCAUAUGAUGGAAGGAAAAACGACGCUGAGACCAAGACAGGCGUCGAUGUGAGUAAGAAGAAGCAAGGUCGAGGUCGAGGUUCAUCAACAGGCAGAGGGCGUGGUUCUAAAACUAACAAUGAUGUGACCAAAUCUCAGUUAUCUGCUGCAAAGUGUCAACUGGAUGUCUCUGAUCAAAAGGAUUUUAAGGCUGAUGGGCAAAUCAGGAAUGGUGAAUGCUCUGUUCAGGAUGAGGAUGUGUUAUCUUUACGAGCAAAAAUCACCUUGCUGGAGGAUGAGUUAUGCAAAUCUCGACAAGAUUCUUCUGAGUAUCAGAAUCUUGUACGCAAGCUUGAGAAUGAGGCAAAAGAGUUAAAAGAUCAGGAACAACAAGGGAAGCUAAAGACAACUAAAGUAAUAUCUGACCUUCUCAUAUCUGUUUCCAAAUCUGAGAGACAAGAAGCAAGAACAAAAGUCAAACAUGAUUCUUUGCGAUUAGGCAGCGUUGGCGUACUCAGGACGGGAACCAUCAUAGCUGAGACAUGGGAGGACGGACAAAUGUUGAAAGAUCUGAAUGCACAACUUAAACAAUUGCUGGAAACCAAGGAGGUUAUCGAGAGACAGAGAAAGUUCCUUAAGAAAAGACAGAAUGGUGAUAAGAGUGACGGAACUGAUUCAGAAUCAGGAGCACAGGAGGAAGACGUAAUCCCCGAUGAGAUUUACAAGUCUCGCCUCGCUAGUAUUAAGCGGGAGGAGGAAGUAGUUUUGCGUGAGAGAGAGAGGUAUGAACUGGAGAAGGGUCAACUUAUGAAGGAGAUGAAGCGCAUACGAGAUGAAGAUGGUUCUCGCUUCAAUAAUUUCCCAGUUUUGAAUUCCCGAUAUGCUCUUCUAAACCUUCUUGGUAAAGGCGGAUUUAGUGAAGUCUAUAAGGCAUAUGAUUUGGUGAAUCAUAGAUAUGUUGCGUGCAAGCUUCAUGGUUUAAAUGCUCAGUGGAGCGAAGAAAAGAAGCAAAGUUACAUCCGACAUGCCAUGAGGGAAUAUGAUAUCCACAAAGAUCUUGUGCAUCACCACAUUGUCCGGCUUUGGGAUAAAUUUAGAAUUGACCUGGAUACAUUCUGCACAGUUCUGGAAUAUUGUAGUGGAAAAGACCUUGAUGCGGUUUUAAAGGCAACGCCUAAUCUUCCUGAGAAAGAAGCAAGGAUUAUCAUUGUACAAAUAGUUCAAGGCCUUGUAUAUCUGAACAAGAGAUCACAGAAGAUAAUCCACUAUGAUCUGAAGCCUGGGAAUGUUCUGUUCGAUGAGUUUGGAGUAGCAAAAGUUACUGAUUUUGGUCUUAGCAAGAUAGUGGAAGACAAUGCUGGUACUCAAGGGAUGGAGCUUACUUCGCAGGGUGCUGGAACAUACUGGUACUUGCCUCCAGAAUGUUUUGAGCUUAGCAGAACUCCUAUGAUCUCUUCAAAGGUUGAUGUAUGGUCGGUUGGUGUUCUGUUUUACCAAAUGCUGUUUAGAAAGCGACCCUUUGGACAUGACCAAAGCCAAGAACGGAUUCUAAGAGAAGACACAAUCAUUAAAGCCAAAAAGGUUGAGUUCCCAGCAAAACCUUCCAUCUCGAAUGAAGCAAAGGAUUUGAUUCGAAGGUGUCUAACAUAUAACCAAGGAGAUAGGCCAGAUGUUCUAACACUGGCACUGGAUCCAUAUCUUUCCUACACUAAGAAAUGAAAGGGUGUAGAGCUUCACAAACUAAGCAGAGAUACUAAAGGACCAGGUCCUAGAAUCUUUUUUUUUUCUUAUUUGUAUAGAUUAUAAUGUUUUUGUUUGUUUAUUUAAAUAUUUUAUCUCCCUGCUCCUUGAAACCAUUUAAUUUCGGUGAAUUUAAUCCGUCUACCAUUAAUUA